ACUCCAAGUGUCUCUCGUGACGCAGUUCUGGUGUCAACCUUCGUCCUCCAUAUCAACGCCAUCUCGCGCCACCAGUCAUGCACGCCACAGCACUCCCUGCUUCCGCCAUCAAUGCCGUCGCCGGCAUCGCAUUGUCUGGUUCGCCGGCGGCAGUGUCAUCGCCGUUAGCCAGAAACAUUCGUAUUGGAAACGCAAAACCACGCGCCGUAACACCUGCCAACGCAGCGGCAGGAUGUGGCACGACGACCGGGUGCGUCCAUGCCAACUAUACCAAUAAAGCGCCUAGUAUUAAGGCGCGUGAAACGCACGCUGCUACAGUGCCCAGGCUCCUCCACGGCGGAGAGCGGGGGUCGAGGCGGGUGGUCGCGUCGGCCGCAGCCGACGGAGCCGCAGCCUCUGCGGAUGUGACUGAAACGGAUGUGACUGAAGCGGAUGCGGCGGCGGUGGAGGCGGCGGCGUGGGAGAUUCUGGACGACUUUAAUCGACGCGACGUGCGGGGGGAGCCGCAGGUGUCCCUAUCAACCCCAGGGGGCGUUGCAGCCCUCAAGGCCUCUCUGCUGCUAGCUGCUGAAGCCGCACUACGGGACGAAUCCGCCCGCCCGCUGCUUGGCAUCUGCACAGGGAGCGUGGAGGAAGGCUUUACCUCUCUGCGCCAAUACCUGCUGGCACUUGGCUGCGCUGACCCUGCUCUUCUAGGUCAGCCCGAGGGCCUGUUGGUGGCGUGGCAAGCCAAGUAUGCCAAGGAGGUGGUGGGACCCGCAUACAUAAAGUUCAAUAGUAACUCCAAGACGUGCCAGGUGUCGCCAUACCAGACAGGGACGUUCCGUGGAGUAAUUGUUCAGCUUGGUCGACGGCAAGUGGGUCACCUCCCACUCUCUCUCUUUGCGCAAUGAGUGCUAUCGACAGUGCAAGUGCCAGUUGGCCGGGGAGUGAUGGACAAGGACGUUCAAAACGAUCAUCAUACGUACGCAUUAGAACUCAUCUCAUACUAGUCGGAUUGGUAAUUACCUACCGGACUGAUUGAACAUCCACGCGAGGCAAGGUAAACCUUUUUGAUCAAUUAUAUAUUGUAUUAUAUAAUUUGUAGGCUUGGUAGGUUAUCGAACUCUACUGUAGAGGGUAAAAUCUCCUCCUUGUAUCCCUCUUUCUAGUUCACUCUCUCUUUUCUCUCGUCAAACUUUACUCUCCUAGCUCCUAGCUCCUAAACCCUCACGCCAUUUCAUGGCCGCCCUUCCUUCCUAGCUAGUCUUUUGACACUUUUCUCAAUGUACAAUGCAUUCGUUAUGUAGCACGUUUUUCAAUCAUC